UGUGGUACAUUUACACAAUGGAGUACUACACAGCAGAAAAAAAUAAUGACAUCUUGAAUUUUGCAGGAAAAUGGAUGGAGCUAGAAAACAUUAUUUUGAGUGAGGUAACCCAGACACAGAAAGACAAUUAUCACAUGUACUCAAUCAUAGGUGGCUUUAAAACAUAAAGCAAAGAAAGCCAGCCUACAAACCAUAAUCCCAGAGAAUUUAGACAACAAUGAGGACCCUAAGAGAGACUUACAUAGAUCUAAUCUACAUGGGAAGUAGAAAGUAGAAAAAGACAAGAUCUCCUGAGUAAAAUGGGAUCGUGGGGACCUUGGGGGAAGGUUGAAGGAGGGAGGGGAGAGGCAGAGAGGGGAGCAGAGAAAAAUGUAGAGCUCAAUAAAUAUCAAGUAAAAAAAAAUCUGUGUGUGUGUGUGUGCAUGCACACCAAGGCAUGAGGAUGGGGGUCAGAGGACAAGUUGCAGCACUCUUACCAUGCGGAUCCCCGGGAUAGAGCUCAGGUUGUCAUGCUUGGUGCUAGACAUCUGACCCCUAGCCAGCUCACUGGCCCUGUUAGAUUUAAUUACAGCUGAUGCAAAAAAAGGGGAAAUGAUUUUAACUAUAAGAUGCCAGUUUGGGGGUUUCUGUUUUGUUUGCUAAUAACCGAGUAGAAAAGCGGGGAAACUGUGCUUGCACUUAGCACCGGGAACCAAGUCUCAUGAGGGCUAGCUCCAGGAUAGAAAGGGAUUCUGUUGACAUACACAAUUCUAACAGAGUUCUAGAACUCAGCUAAGGGGGUCAUCGUCAUAAGAGACAGAAAGUGACCAAUUCCAUAGCAGUAUCCGCUCACCUUGUAAACCCCUGUUCUAGAGACAUCCUCAUGGGGAACAUAACCAAGAGGGGAAGCAAAGAGCUUGUGGCUGAUGCUGCCACGCCGCAGGAUGACGCCUCGGUCACCACACUGCACUCUAGACUCUAUGGGGCUAUAAUCAAGGAAGACUGUAAGACAAUCAAGAAACUCCUCAGGACCCACCCUGUCAACCAGCCCUUGAACAUCCUGGUCAACCCCACCAGCUGCAGACUACUUCUGAACCAGCACGCUCAUGAUAUCUUCCCUAUCCAUCUGGCUGCCGAAUACCACAAGCCACAAAGUUUGCUUUGCUUGUUACAACAUGGGGCUAACCCAGAAGAAAGAGAUGCUCAAGGCUUCAACACUCUUCACCAGCUGCUGCUAAACUGGCCAGUCACUUUGACCACGUGGUCUAAAACAAACACUCUGAUCCAAAAGCUCCUGGCAGACAUUCAGAACAGCGCUGUCACAUGUCUACGCAUUCUGUGUGAACACGGAGUUCAAGUGAACGCCCAGGCAGACAGGGACGACAAACAUUCACCCCUCCACCUGGCCAUAAAGCAUGGGACCUAUCCAGUUCUUGCCCUUUUGGUCCAAAAUGGUGCCCGGGUCAAUGCUAUGAACAGAGCCAGCAUGACGCCCCUCCACAUGGCUGCAGAAAUACUGGACAAAAACAUGAUAGAGACACUCAUUGCCUGCGGGGCCAAUGUGAACUGCGCCACCUCAAAUACUGGAAACACAGCUCUAAAGCUAGCCGUGCGCACCGCGUCAAGCAAAGCUGGCCAGCUGCUGGCAGCGGGGGUGGGCUGCAUCCGUCUGCUGCUAAAUCAUGGAGCCCAGGUCAAUGCCCAAGACCACAAAGGCCAAACAGCUCUGCACAAGGCAUGUUUUGGAGGCAGAGAGGUAAUAAUCAAUCUCUUGCUGGAAUUUGAAGCAGAUGUGAACAUCUUAACAAGAAAUGGGGAGUCUGCAAUACAUAUGUACCUUCAGCGCAGUUCCAAUAUUAGAGAUGCAUCGCUUCUGGCUAGGCUACUUUAUUACUCUUACCCUUUAAGACUGAGAAAUAAACAAGGGCUUCUACCUGCAGGAAUCAUGCAACCAGAAUUCCACCUCUUAAGGAAAACUCUACUAAAACUAAUGAAAAAACCUUUAUCCCUAGAGGCCAUCUGUAAGAGAAAUAUCAGAAAUAUUUAUGGUGAGAAGUACAAGUUCUACCUGAAGCAGCAUCUCCCUGAGAAGCUAUGGGAAUCCGUAUAUGUCUAUUAUGAUUUUGACUACCUGUUGAAAUGAGAACUCCAUACCCUCAGGGCCAGAGAGCCUCAGCAACUCAAACUGUGUUUUCUGGCUGGAUGUGGACCAGAAAACACUUCAACUUAACUUUACAUUGCAAUGUACAAACUACUGGUCCUUAAUCCCUUUCCAAAAAAUUAAAGUGACCAGCACGUUAACUCUCAUCGUCUUCUAAGUUCCAUUUAGAUGCCUUUCCCAUGAUUUAAUUUUGGCUUGAAAAGUGGGUUAAUUGUUUUAAGAUUUAUCAGCCAAAAAAGAAAGUAUAUUUUGUCUUUUCUUGAUAGUCUUUUAUGAAAUAAAACUAAAAUAGUUCCCUUGGGGCUUUCUCUUUUUUGUGUGGGGUGAUUUAUUCUUGGUUUUAUGAGAUGAGGUAGUGGUGUAGGAGGUCCUUUUGUCAUUGUGUUGCUUUCACUGGUUAAUAAAGAAACUGCUUUGGGCCCUUGAUAUGGCAGAACUUAGGUAGGUGGGGAAAAUUAAAUGGAAUGCUGGGAGGAAGAAGGCAGAGUCAGAGAGCCACCAUGGAGCCGCCAGAGACAGACAUGCUGAAUAUUUCCCAGUAAGCUACUGUCAUGUGGCGAUACACAGAUUAAUAGAAAUAGGUUAAAUUAAGAUGUAAGAAUUAGUCAAUAAGAAACUGGAGCUAACGGGCCAAGCAGUGAUUUAAUUAAUACAGUUUCUGUGUGGUUAUUUUGGAGCUAAACUAGCCUGGCAGCCAGGACAAACAAGUGGGCCUGCCUGCUCCAACAAGGUAGUAGUCCAGGCUAACCUCAAGCUAACUGAUCCUCCUGUCUGCUAGAGUUGUAUUUUCAGUGUGGUUUGGUUUGAAGGACCUGGGGUUUUGAUUUUAGUUUGGGUCCUUGAGACAUGACUCAAUACAGAGCCCUGAAAAGCUCUAGACUUGCCUAAGCCUCCUGCGCUGGAAUAAAAGGUGUAUGCUAAAAGAAUUGCUGCUGUUGUUGUUUUUGUUUUUAUUUGAGAAAGGGUUUUUCUUUGUGUAGCUCCAACUGUCCAGGAACUUGCUCUGUAGACCAGACCGGCCCGAAACUCAAGAGAUCCACCUGCCUCUGUCUCUGCCUCCCGAGCACUAGGCUUCAAGGUGUGUGCACUACCACAACUAGCAGCAGCAGCUUUUUUUUUUUUUUUUUAGAUAUGGAAAAAAAAGAGCUGGGCAGUGGUGGCACACACCUUUAAUUCCAGCACUCGGAAGACAGGCAGGUGGAUCUCUGUGAGUUAGAGGCCAGCCUGGUCUACAAGAGCUAGUUCCAAGCCACAAGCCACAGAGAAACCUUGUCUCAAAAAACCAAACAACAACAACAACAAAACCCAAAACAAACCAUUUGCUGAAACAGACUUUAAUUUCUAAGGCUGCACUUCUACCGACACCCGAGUGUAUUUACCAUCACCAAUUAUAUUAGUAAUCAGUAUCCCUACGCCUUACUGUGUUCACACUUCAAAGUCAAGGUUCAAAUGACACCAAAUUACUGCUCUCAAAUUCAACUUAGGAUUUCUUUUUAAGCAGGGAGGACUGUUUUGGAAGGGUGUGUGUACACACGAGUAUGCUUAUGCAUUCAGAGGCAAAAGUUAACAUUGGGUAUCUUUCUUAACUAAUCCCCUGGACUAGCUGGCCAGUGAAACCCAGGAGUCCUCGUGUCUGUCUCUGCUUCCCCAGCACUGAGGUUACGGGCACAGGCUGCUGCACGCAGCUUUCUAUGCAGAUCCUGGAGAUACAAAGGCAGGUCCUCAUGCUUACCCAAUAAACACUUUAUUGACUGAGUCAUCUUCCCAGUCAAGAGUUCUGAGCCUCUGGAAUAACCAUUUACAAGACAGCAAAGCAAUGAAUGACAAACCUCCUAAACAGAAGGAUGAGGGUACAUCACCUCACUGUACUCCAUGAACUCACAUUGAGUCACCCCUGUGAGACACCAUUGCUGUGCUCACAGGUGUGGUCGUCUG